AUGGAUCUGAGGGACCAGGAGGAGGACGCUGCGAGGGAAACACCUGCAGGUUCGUCAUAAAGAGCAUCAGCCACCAAAGCUGAUGUGAAUAAAUGAUUUUUUUUGUGUUGAAAGAAACAAAAAAAUCCUCAAAAAGUCUGUUAUUCUGUGUUCUUAUCUUUUAAAAAACUCAUAUUCAGUGUCAAGAAAGACUAACAUUGUGAUUUUCUAACUUUACAGAUGCAGGAUGCUGUCCAAAAUGUCAGAUGACGGCUCGUGUUGCUGUUGCUCUUUCAACUACAUUUCUGGUCAUGGGACUUUUUUUGUGUUUGAUAAUGUUUGGUGAGUAUUUGGAUGAUACACUUCGAAGUUUUUACGCUGAAAUAGUAUCAACGGACACUGUUUUUCGUUUACAAAUGUCUGUAUUUGUGUUACUCCUUCUCUUUCUUAGUGAAUUUAUCCAAAAAUACUCCAAAAUACUUACGUAAAAAAGUUGUUUUAAGCAAAGUCGAUCAUGUCCUGACUUUGUAGACUUCUGAGUAAACAAGUCAAUCUGCUGAUCUGCUGUAUAAAGCCUGAGCUAAUAAUAGAAAGAGUUACCAAGACUCAAAAAGGUUUCAGGAGCCAGUCAGAUGUGACAUGGGCCUCCAAAGUAAAUCUGAUUGGCUAUUUUUCCAGACAGAGAGACUUGUAUUCAAAUAAUCACUAACUGCUUUUGAGGCAUUUUGACGUGGCAGUUUUUCAUUUUACCAUUGUUCGUAUAUAAAGAUGGACGACAAAGUCCGCCUCCUGCUGUUGAAUAAAAGUGAAACCAAAAUACCCACCUGCAAGGACAGAUGCACACAUCUCGAAACAGCUUCUUCAGUGGGUUUAAAGUGAAAACUAACAAUUAUGUGAAAUUCAGAGACUCACAUGUCAGUCAGUACGUUUACAUGACACUCGAGAAAAACAAGUUAUUGCCUUACUCUGAUUAAGACCGGACAACUGAAGUGCAUGUAAACACCUUAGUCCGACUAUAAUCAGAGUUUGAGAACUCCAUGCCACGCCCCCGUAAACCUGGAAAUUGCCUGAAAAUGCCCAGCAGCAGUUGUAGACACUUCUGACUUAUGGCAUGAGCCUGCUGUUGUUGUUGACAGUUGUAUGGGGUCAGAAACAGUGCAGCUGAAAAGACCCAUAUCGCCCCCUAGUUUUGGGGAGGAGGACACGUUCACGUCAAUAAUUGGAUUUUCUUAGUUGCAUGUAUAUGAGCUUAGUUCGGUUAAGCUGUGCAUGUAAACGCACUGAGUGUGUUGGUCUCACAUCUUCUCCACUCUGUUAAUCUGAUGCCAACUGCACUUCCUGAGUUACAUUAGUCAAGAAGGCUGUAAAUCAUAUUGUCACAUCCCCUGACCAACAUGACAAAAACCAUGUUUAAGAAAAAAAAAUAUUCGUCAAGUAUUCUGGUUUUAAAGUUUCACCCAUGUCCCAUCUGUCGACAUGGAGGAGGCGAGCUUUAAGGCCAAUGCGCCACAACUAUGAGAGAUUGUAACAUCGUCCAUCCUUUUCAACUGUCUAUGAUAGAGAUAAAGUCAAAUUUUUAUGAAGUUUUAUGAAGUUAUUAAACUCACCUCAUGUUUCUUUGACAGUCAGGUGGACGGCAGCACCAGAGGACGAUCACCUCGUCUACAAAACGUCAUUAAAGCAGCAAACAGAGCGACUGCAGCAGUGCCAAAAGGAGCGCCAUGACCUGACUGUGAUGCUCCACACUGCGACUCGGGGUGAUUGAUCAUCUCAACUCUCCACUGCUCUGGUUUGUGCACUCUUGUGUUAAUCUGCUGCCGUGUGCAGACUCCAGGUGCAGUCUGUGUCCUGACGGCUGGCUGUGGUGGAGGAGUCACUGCUACUUCUUCUCAGUGGGAGUCCAGGAGAACCUCCGGUGGAACGAGAGCGCGGAGUUCUGCUGGAAACACAACAGCAGCCUGGCUGUGAUCACAGACUCAGCAGAGAUGGUGAAUAUGAAACAGAAAACACCAGGAGCCGUUUGUUUGUUUCUGUCUCUUAAUUCAUCAAGAGGUUGUUUCUUCCUCCUUUAGGAGUUCAUCCAAAGUGUGAUGAGGUCUUUCCCCAAGUUUCCCUUCCUGUGGGUUGGACUGACGGACACCCAGCAAGAGGGUCGCUGGCAGUGGUCCGACGGGACGGACAUCCAGGACCACAUGUCGUAAGUUCUCAAUAACUAUAACACAUUUAUCAGGACAAACUCAACCUUUAAAGUCCAUUAUAAAUUCUCUAUUGUUUUUUGUCUUUUCUUUCUGCUUUUGUAUGAAGCAAACUCAAAUUAGCCGAGGAGCGAUCUUAUUUAAGGCUGUGAAAGUUAUCUCAAGUUGAAACAAAAGUUCGUUAUUGAUGAUUUGUCCCAUUUUUGACCUAAAGAUGGUGAAGUUGCUCACAGAUGUUGGUGCAGGUUGCUCUCUGAGGCCUCCUUUAGGGUUCGGGUUAGAAUCUGAAAAUAAGACCAAUAAUCCUCAACUCUCACUUUGAUUCACUUAAUCUGAAUUAUCUUGAUUAUUAAAAGAGAAACAUCAUAAAAGGUUUGUUUAGUUUGCUUUUAUUCUGAAAAUAUAGUACAUAUAAACAUACAUUUUGUCUUUUACAUUUGUCUUUUUUGUUGUGUUUUGUAGGCUGACUGUGGAGUGGGAUGCUGAUCACAGGGACUGUGCAGACCUGAGGGGAGGUGGGAGUCUCUUUGCCGCCAGCUGUGAGGCAUACGGACCCUGGAUUUGUAAGAAAGACUCCUGA